GCCUCUGAAAUACCUAUCUCAACAUGAACAUCAAGGUCUUCAUCGUUCUGGGUCUGGCAGCCAUUGCCGCUGCGGACAGUUUUGAAUCCUAUGAGUAUAGGCCACCACAGAGACGUUCCUCUGAGGAAUCCUACGAAUCCGGAGAAGCCAAGUACGACUUCCAAUGGGCUGUCGAUCACGACGACUCAGGCAACAACUACGGACACCAGGAAGCCCGUGACGGUGAAGACACUCAGGGAUCCUAUUACGUGCACCUCCCCGACGGCCGCCUGCAGACCGUCAAGUACUUCGUGGACGGCGACUCCGGCUACGUGGCUGAGGUCAACUAUGAUGGCGAGGCCCGUUUCCCCGACUCCUACGAGUCUGCUUCCUUCGAGUCCCGUGAAUACAGGCCACGAUACGUCUAUGAUUCCAACGAGUCCAAAUAGUUAUUUUGUUUGGCUGAGCACUCAGUAAAAAGGAAUAAUUUGGAUACUUCUUCGACUCCAUUUUAUAUUUUUUCUUGUAGCUCUUCUUACUACCCCUUCCAUUUCUGAUUUCUGUAAAACAUGAAAAUUAUUUAUAUAUUUAUCAAUAAAGUUGCAAAGUAAAA